AAUUCAAAAUUAUAUUAAAAAAAAGUAGUUUAAAAUUUUUUCUCAUUGGUAUAAAAUAGUUUUUUAAUAUUAUGAUAAGUUACUAGAUUUAUAACUAUAAAAUAAAUAUUAUUUUUGUAAAUAAUAGACUUCGUUAUAAAAAUACAUAUGAAAAUAAAUAUUCUUUUUAAUUUUAUAACUAUAUUGUAUAAUUUAUUUUUUUUAAGUAUUAUUAAUUUUUUAUAUACGUAAAAUAGCUAUUUGAAAUCUAUAUAUUAUAUUAUACAUGAAGUUACGUAUUCAAGAAAGUAAGUAAAAGUUUUAACCUUCAAAGUAAGUUGUAUAUAUAUAAUUUUAAUUUUUAAAAUUUGUAUAAUAUAUUGACAACUAAAUUAAAAAAAAUUUCUCAGACAAGAAAAAUUAUAAAUUUAAGAAAAAACUACAAACAAUUUCUCAAAAAAUCAUUAUAAUUUAUUAAAGAAGAAUGUCAAUAUUAUUACGACUUGUUCGUUCUCAUAGAAUUAAGAAUGGAUUGAUGUUUUUAAAACCAAAAGAGAUUAAAAUAUAUAAUAGAAUAUAUCGUAGUGAUUUACCAACUCAAAAAACUGAAAAAGAAAAUUUAUAUGAAGUAAAAAAUGCAUGGGUUAGUUAUGGAUUUGACAAUGAAAAUAAGGAAAAUGAUCGUCAAGCCAUGCAUAUAACAUUUUUUACUUGUAUCUCUGUAGUUUUAAUAUUUGGAGCUCUUAUAAUUGGUUAUGCACCAGAUCCACUUCUGAAAGAUUGGGCUCAACGUGAAGCAUAUCUACAGCUUCGCUAUAGAGAAGAAAAUGGUUUACCAUUAAUUGAUCCGAAUUUAAUAGAUCCAUCAAAAUUUACUCUUCCAAGUGAGGAGGAAAUAGUUGAUGUUGAAAUAAUUAUUUAAACAUUUCCAAAAUAUUCAGUAUGGAAAAAAUUAGUUAUUUUUAUUAGUUAUAAAAAGUUAUUAUCUUUAUUAUUCUAUAUAUUUAUAUCGCAUAUUAUAUCAUAUUUAAAAAAAUAUUUAUCUGUACAAUAUAUAAUAAAUGAUUUUUAUCUAAAA